CAAAACAAAAUAAACGGUGCUCUUGCUCUCUCGUGUAAUUUUUGUAAUAAAUUGAGCAGCAAAUCAAUAAGUGAAUCAGUAGCUCUGCGACCUCAAGAGCGUGUAAAACAAAAUCAGGCCAAGCCAAAACGACACACAUAUCAAAAUGCUGCCACUGUCAAGUACAAAUCAGGAUCUGCGAUGCCCCGGUUUCUGUGAUUGCCGCUUCCCAAGCUCCAUCGAUGUGGCUAAUCACAAAGGUAACAUACCCGACCUUGUCACCUGUACUUGCGGCGAGGAGACGGGCAACGGUUUGCAGUGGCAGUGGCACAAAGAAGAUGACUCCGAUGCCCAUGUUGUUGGCAGAGACAUCAUCUUCCAUCCAACCUACAGUCAGGGCACGGCGAUUGCACGCGGCGAACAACCGUUGCAGCACGACAAAGUGCAUUUUUGGGAAAUGCGUGUAAUUACAGCUCUGGCGGGCACCGAUGUGAUGUUUGGCAUCGGCACUGACAGCGUCAAUCUAGAGCAAUUUAAAUUCCACUUUGUUUCGGCGCUGGGAACAAAUGCCCAAUCCUGGGGCUAUUCUUAUAAUGGGAAGAUCCAACACUGUGGCGAUCAGUUGCCCUAUGGCCAAAAAUUCUCACAGGGCUGCCUGGUGGGCAUUUAUUUGGAUCGUACACGUGGUCAUCUCGAGUUCUAUUUAAAUCGUCGCUCGCUGGGCGUAGCCUACACGAAUAUACCCACCGAUCCGCAUGUCAAGAUAUAUCCGAUGGUCUGUUCCACAGCUGCCAAGUCCGUGAUACGCUUGAUCAACUCCACAUCGCAGUCGGUCACGUUGCAGUUGAGAGCAUUUCAAGCGCUAGUCAAGCAACCCGAGAAACUCGAAGAACUUCGCUGCAUGCCGGGCUUAAAGAGCAUCAUGCAGUCGUAUUGGUUUCUGGCGCCUCCAGUCCGAUAUUCCAGGUGUUCGAGAGAUCAAGAACUGGACUUGGGCGAUGAGGCGGUCUUGUCAAGUUCAAAAUUACGCUUAAACAGAAAACAAAAGUACAGAGACAGCGAUGAUGUCAACAUCGAUGAGGAUCUAUAUGCGAAUGCCCAUAAAAUAGCGUUGAGACGACCUGACAGCGGUGACGAAGAAUAUGCUGCCUCCAUCCAUGAGUUCUGUGAUGAAUACUUUCAUUAUUUAUUGUAGUCUCUAGCGAACCUCUUGCAUUUAUUAGCAAUUAAGAAAGCUUCAGCUGGGUGUGCCCACCCAGAAAUGCGCUGUUACUUUAAGAUGUAUGUAAGGAAACUAUCUGUUUAUAAGUACUAUAAAUUGUUAAGCUAUAUUGUUCUUAUCGAAAGUAACUCGCGUUAAAGUUUUUUGUUCGAUCGAAACAUUUAUCAGAAAACUAUUCUUGUCAUUUAUAUUUUAAGGGUAUUCAAAAU